CAUUCUGGCCCAAAACAUAUGUCGAGUCAAGCGCAGGCAGUGACUGAGUGAGGAGGGGAGAGCGCCCAUGGCCAAUGGUGCAAGCUGCAAGCGUAGCGAGCUGGAAUGCAUAUAGGAGAGGCAAAGCUCGUAAGCAAGGGGAUUGAGAAGGACUCCAAAAAGGAAAGCCUGUCUAAUCCAGAGGGGCAUCUGUACAAACGGCGCACAUUUGUGCUCUUUAACUUGGCUAAACAACAAGCCCACUUCAAUUGCCUGAUUGCUCAUAAACACCGUUCCAUAUCAUCUGAAAAAAGGGCAAGAUGUUCACUCUCGUCCGGAAGUGGCAGAACUUGCAGGACCAGUGCGGCAUGGGCGAAGAGUGUUGCUUGGACCCCACUCUACUAUCCUCAGAAGGUGUGUCUGCAGAGCUAGUGCAAAAUGUGUACAGCACAGCCGCAAGUCUGUACCGGGCCAAUCCCUGGAAGAUCAUUCCAGAAGACCCGUUUAUAGUUUCUGUAACCACAAGCGAUAUAUGCUGGGAGGGGCAGAAGCCACCUUUCUCGUGUGCCAGUCUCUCGGGCGGGAGCCAACAGGGCUUUGAACCAGAAUUACAGGCGUUCAGGUCGGUGUCAGACGCACACUGGUGGCAUCACCUGAGGGGGGGGCCUGAGAACGCCGAGGAUAAUACAACACACGCUAGCCACAUCAGGCUAGCGUAUUCGCACCGCGACGUAGUCAGCCUGGGUGACCUGAAGAUGAUACAAGACCUGAGUCUCGAAGUAGCUGACGAAAGUGCGUUGCCGGAGAUAGAUAUGGUGGGGGGGGCAGGCGAAGACCUGCAGUACGAGCCAGCCAAUCUUCCCACAAAGAAGCCAACUUUUCAAGAGCUUCAAUGGCUCCGAAUUUCCUUGGUGGCUCUGGCAUUUGCGGUGCCGCAGUUGUCAACAAGUGGCGGCAAAUCGCCCGAGAAAGUUUCGAGCAUACGAGUGAGCGUUCCAUUGCCAGAGUUGGGGAAGAGUACGCACGUGCAAGUGACUUACCCAGCGGGCUAAGGUGCCGGGCAUUAAAAAUAGGACAUAAGGAGACGUGAGUUGGUUGGCCCCUAAUAUCAUCGCUAAAGAGAGCAAUCGUGUAUGAUAGCAAGCUUCAUCAGUUGUACAGGCACAAAGAGCCGGCCAAGGAUAUAGUUUGCAGAGUAUGCAGUAUGGGACAAGCCAUUGCAGGCUUGCAAACUGCUUCUAGACCUGGAUUGCCAGAAAGGGCAAAGAAUGUAUAUUGCAGGGUAUACAGUCAAUCGACAACUGGGCGUGCUUGUGUACAACGGCUGCACUGCAAGCAUCUAUGUCUAUCGAAUUCAAGGACUUAGUAGCUCACAGGCAUGUGCAAUGCAG